AUGUCUAACACCCCCAUCGCCGACUUUGACACCCCGGACCCAUGGAUGAUCCGCCACAACAAUUCUUACUAUUUAACAUAUACGUGCGGUGACCGUGUAGACAUUCUUAUGUCUCCCAACAUGCAAGAUUUUAGGUCUCGUUCUCACAGAAUAACCGCGUGGCGCCCACCCCCCAACACCCCAUGGUCUGUCGACCUCUGGGCCCCGGAACUUCACUACAUCAACGGGACAUGGUACAUAUACUUUUGUGCGGCGCACCCAGGCCAAGGGAAUCCAUCUCACCGAACCGUAAUUUUACGAUCGUCGAGCCAAGAUCCCAUGGACGUGAGAGGUUGGACGUUUCUAGGUCCUCUCAAAGGUCUGCCGGAUCAUUGGAACAUCGACGCCACCGUUUUUUCUGUUGGUGGCCGGUUGUUUUGCUGUUACAGUGGUUGGCCUUUGGGUGAUUUUUCCGACACACAACAAGAUUUGUUUCUGGUUGAACUUGCCAACCCGGAACAGGCACUCCAGAACACGUUGAUCUGCAUAUCGCGUGCAGAACUGCCCUGGGAAAGACCAGACGGUGGAAGGAGAGGGGUCAACGAGGGUCCGACGUGGCUCAGCAUUUCCGGCCUGGGCGCGGGGUUCGAGGGCAUAGUUUACUCUGCCAACGGGAGUUGGACGAGUGAUUACACGCUCGGCCUGUUGAGGUUAGUACCUGGAAGUGAUCCUCUUCUGGCCUCGUCGUGGCAGAAAAGGCACCAGCCGUUGUUGAAGAGUUGCAAGGAUCAGGGUGGGCCAUUUGGACCUGGCCAUGCGAGUUUUAUAGUACCCGCGGUGGAUGAUAACGGUCAAGGAGGACAUCAACAACAAGUGUAUUGCAUAUACCACGCCACUGAACACGAGGGACAAGGUUGGGCCAACCGUAAAGCGAGGGUGUUGUGUCUACACAGCCACCAUUUUCAUCCGCAGGCCGAAAGUUGUUGUUGUUCUAUGAAUCCUGCAACGGCGAUGAUGACAGGUCCGAUUCCAGGUCCAGGUCCAGGUCCGGGUCCAGGGAUGAUGGUAUAUCAGGGUGGAGGAGGGACCGGUGCAUACGGGCCGCCUCCACCAGCUGGAGUUACUGGACGUCCAGACCACGGUCGUCCAAGACAAGGAGGAAUCCUCUACGAUCUUGGAAAUCGAGUCAUGAACAAGUUAAGAGAAUUUUGA